CCGAUACAAACAAUCCGAGUGCUGCCCCACUAGCGACGCGUAAUUGGGCUUUCCUGGAAAGCACUAUGAAUUUUCACGUUUUAGUUUUGUUAAGUUAUCUCUUGAGGUGUGUUUUCUCUUAAUUCCUAUCCAGCUGCGUUAGCGUCUCUGGAGUGGGUGGAUUUGUGCCUCCAACAAGACAGGACAUCCACGCCUAUGGAAUAUGAGUUACUUUAGCCCCAACAAAGAUGGCCACGGUUUCCAAAAGGUUACGAAAUAUGCUCAAGUGAGUGAAAACUGAUAAACCAUACUGUAACAUAGAGAAUGAAGACAUACAGGACAAUGAAGUCUCGUUUUUUAAAUAACGUUCCUGGCCAAUUUUCCUGGUUUUCCCAACAACGUCGCAGAACCUCCACUCGGGUUGCGGCUAAUGUUAGUUUGUCAGACAUCUCUCCUCUCAGGCUCUUCGGUCAGAGUCAGCCAUGAUGGCGACCAUGUAAAGCAAGCGGGCUGUGAGCAGAGCCAACACAAUGAGGUUCCCCCGAUGCUUCACUGGGCUCAGGCGGGCCUAUUUGGUUUGGCCCAUCCUGCUGCUACUCCUGGUCGGUGCAGCCUUGACUGCUCUGCUGCCCCCUGCUGAGGACCAAGGAGGAGGCGUUGAUGUCCUGGGAGUGCUACGCAGGGCAACAUCACAAAAGGAGAAGAACCCUGCACAGGGCCACCAUGGGGACAGGAAAGAGGAGGAGCAGAGGUUCACCAUCGUCAUUCAAACUUACAACCGCACGGACGUUUUGCUCAAACUCCUAAACCAUUACCAGGCGGUACCUCAUCUUAAACGGAUUAUCAUAGUCUGGAACAACAUUGGGAAGGAGACACCCCUGAAGCUAUGGAACUCUUUUCAGCCUCAUCCGGUCCCUGUGGUCUUCAAGGAGCAGACAAGCAAUCAAAUGCGCAACAGACUACAACCAUUCCCUGAGAUUGAUACCGAUGCUGUGCUGAUGCUGGAUGACGACACCCUGGUCAGUGUUCCUGACAUCAGUUUUGCUUUCUCUGUCUGGAAGCAAUUUUCUGACCAGAUUGUUGGGUUCGUCCCACGGAAACAUGUCUCAACACCAGGAGGAGUGUACAGUUAUGGCAGCUUUGAACUGCAGGACCCAGAAACAGCUGGAGGUGACAAAUACUCCAUGGUGUUAAUUGGCGCCGCCUUCUUCCACCGUCGCUACCUGCAGGUCUUCCAGGACCAACCUCCAUCAGUUCAUGCGCUGGUGGAUGAAACACAGAAUUGUGAUGACAUUGUCGUUAAUUUUGCUGUCGCGCUGUAUUUGAGGGAGCACUCCACAGGCGGCAUUAACAAACCCUCAGGGAUCUUUGUCAAACCUGUGGACCUCCGCAACCUGGAAAAGGAUGCCAGCAGCGGGUACCAGGGUAUGUGGCAUCGUCCUGAACACCUUCUCCAGAGAUCCUACUGCCUGAACAGGCUGACACAGAUCUAUGGCUUUAUGCCACUCUGCUUCUCCAACCUGAUGGUCUCCCAGUUUGGCUUCCCCAGCUAUGCCAACCACAAAAGUAGAGGCUGAGAAGCUGCUACACCGUUUACUGUUUUGGAUUGAAAGAAGACAGACUUGAGUAACAGUCUGGUAAGUCUGUGUUUGAUUAAUAACACCUGUCUAGGCUCAGGGUUAAGUUGACACUGUUGAUCCCAGCAUGUGUAGGAACAUCAAUUUUCAAAUUUCACAGGCAAAUUCUUUUCACAUCGUGAAGACAGUAUUGCAACAAAAAAAAAAACGUAGCGAUAUUGCAGUGUUUGAGCAUUAGGGGAAAUCAGCUCAAAAUGGUUUUCACAAGUAUUAUUUGUUUGCUUAAAGUUUACCUGCUCAGGGUGUUGCUCUUUUUGUAUUUCAUGAUACGGUUUAACGCUUGCAUCUGAAGGACUAUCACUGACAAUCAGAAUUUUCUGUAUUAGUUGUGUUUAGUUGUUAGUCUGUAUAUUGUUGCCAAAGCUGCCUUACCUUAACUAUGAACAACUCUCUCAGUGGAUUGUGGUUAUUUUAUAGCCAGCAGGUGUCAGUCUUAGAGCUACUUUGACAAUUUGCCUUGUUUGUAACCACGAUUCACAGCGUUGAUGCUGUCUGGUUCAAAUUCUGGUUUUAUUACAUUUAUAGUGUUUAUGGAAAAGGUAACAUUUCUGAUGAGCUUGUGUACAGUCCCUACACAUUUAAAAUUAAUGUUAGAAAUGUAGGUAUUGUUAAUGAAAUUUUGGCCGAAAGAAAGAGUCUCAACCUAAAGUGUGAAUAUGUGAAUAAAAUAAAACUAUUGCAGGUAUUAUGCAAAUUCCAACAAUCUUAAUGUACAGUACUAUGCAUGCAUGGACAAUCGUUUGUGCACAUGUAUCAACCUUGUAAGACAAUCUUGUGACUUUGUUAAAUAAAGCUAACAUUUUUUCUA